AAAGAAUUAAUGUGUAAAAACUCAUCCGAACCGACUCUCUCGUCUCGAGCCAGGAAAAGAAGGUAGGGCAAAACCCUAACCCUUCCGGCAUCCCACCCAAGAAUGCAGCAAUCCCGGACCCUGGAUCUGCUCUUCCACCGCCCGCACUAGAUUUUGCAUGUUUUCUGGUAUUUUGAAUUUCCGAACUUCAGAUCAGGAAUAAUGAACGGAUCAUUUAAUGGGCAGAUUUUGGUGGAUAAGCUUGCUAAGCUCAACAAUACGCAGCAGAGCAUAGAGACUUUAUCACAUUGGUGCAUCUUCCACAUGAACAAAGCAACACAAGUUGUGGAAACAUGGGAGAGACAAUUUUAUUGCUCUCCGAGGGAACAAAGAGUAUCAUUUCUCUACCUUGCUAAUGAUAUUUUGCAGAACAGCCGGAGAAAAGGUUUAGAGUUCAUUAAUGAAUUCUGGAAAGUUCUUCCUGAUGCUUUAAAUGAUGUAUGUGGUAAUGGAGAUGAAUUUGGAAGGAAAACUGUACUAAGACUGGUUGACAUAUGGGAUGAACGUAAAGUUUUCGGUUCUCGUGGACAAAUUCUUAAGGAAGAAAUAUCGGGAAGGAGGCUUGAAAAUGGAAAUAAAAAUGUGAAGGCCAUUAUUUACAAGUCGAAGCAAUCUAGUGAAUUUCUGGAGAAGAUCAUUUCAAGCUAUGAUCAUGUUUGUGAUGAAGAAGCUUUAUUUAGAAAAUGUCAAAGUGCUAUUAGCAUUGUUGAUAAAUUAGAAAAGGAACUUGGGAGUGAUAUUGAAUAUGGGAGUAUAAAUGGAUCUGAAGUCAUGGGAGAGUUGCAGAUGCAGCAUCACAUGCUAUUAGAGUGCAUAGAACAACUAAAGGCAGCUGAAUUGUCCAGAGCAACUUUGAUAUCGUAUUUGAAAGAAGCCCUCCAUGAGCAGGAAAUAAAGAUCGAACAAGUUCGUCACCAACUUCAGGAGGCUGAAUCACGAUAUGAGAGAGCAACGGUUGCCUCCGCACAGCUUAAUGGUGAACAACCCCCAGCCGAGCAGAGAACCAAGGAAUCAUCAUUGGCAUUCUCUGAGACCUCUCCUGGUUUUGCCCCUGAAGCUACUGCUGGCUCCUCGGACGAAGCACAAAUAACUUCCACCAGAUGCACCCAGGAGGAACCUCUCACCGAAAAUAAUUCUUCUCAUUCUGAGAGUGAACACCGGAGAACGGCAGCUGCUGAAGUGGCAGCAAAACUCACCGCGUCUGCCUCCUCCGCCCAAAUGCUGUGCCAUGUCCUCUCCUCUCUGGCCUCGGAGGGUGUCAUUGGCCAGGCAAACAAAGAAGAUUUUUCUUCCGACAAUAAGAGGCUUAAAACAGAAAACAGUGUGCCUUCUCAUGUGCUGCUGCUGCAGCCUCCGCUUCAGCCACCGUUGCCAUCUCUUCCACAUCCUCAAUUACAGCAUCAGCUGCCGCUGCUACCACCAGGGACUCAUCCAAGCCCCAUUGUAGAGCCGCUGCCGUCUACAUCAACUUCACUGCCAUCAGCACAGCCGCCACCACCCCCACUUAUCACCACUCAGUUCAUGCCGUCAGCUGCUGGACCUAUGACAGGCAUCCCAUAUGUCUAUGGUUCAGCUCUGCCACCUCUCCCAAAUUAUCCGCCAAUGUUUGGCAUUCAUCUCGGUCCAAGUGCUCCAAAUCCAUUCCACAAUGUUCAAGCAUCGGAGGGGCCCAAUACCUUUGGCCAACCACCAUUACCGGCACCGCCACCGCCAUUGACCCGGCAAUGACAGGUUACAAAGAACUGUAUGCAAACCUGGAAUGCUUUGGUGCUGUAUAAUUUGUUCAUGAUAUAUAUACUACAUGCACCAUAAUGGUUGAAGAUUUGCUCUACUAAACUUUUAUGUAAGAAACUGAUUAGUGAUCAAUUUCUUGAAGCAGGACGCCAGUUUGUAGA